AUGGCACAAAAAAUUACAAACGGGGGAUCGGAAUUUCUCGACGACUUCGAUGCGUUCGUAUUUGACUGCGAUGGCGUACUUUGGAAGGGAUCACACGUUAUUCCGGGUGCUGUCGACACUAUCGCGCACCUGAUUGAGAAG